AUGCCAGCCUCAUCAUCAGACAAAAAUGCGGCUGAUGGAAGAUCUGAAGAACAAAGGAAGAUAGAUGAAUGGCUUCCCAUUACUUCUUCUAGGAAUGCAAAAUGGUGGUAUUCAGCAUUUCACAAUGUUACUGCUAUGGUUGGUGCUGGUGUCCUAGGUCUCCCUUAUGCCAUGUCAGAGCUCGGAUGGGGACCUGGUGUAGCAGUGUUGUUUGUAUCUUGGGUUAUAACCUUAUACACUCUAUGGCAAAUGGUUGAGAUGCAUGAAAUGGUUCCAGGGAAACGUUUCGAUAGGUAUCAUGAACUUGGGCAGCAUGUUUUUGGUAAAAAGCUCGGCCUAUAUAUCGUGGUGCCUCAACAAUUGGUUGUUGAAGUUGGCCUUGACAUUGUUUAUAUGGUGACCGGAGGAAAAUCAUUCCAAAAGAUACACGAUUUAGUCUGCACUAGCAAUUGCGUAGAUAUCAGACUGACCUAUUACAUCAUGAUGUUUGCCUCUGUCCAUUUCGUGCUCUCUCAUCUUCCCAAUUUCAAUGCCAUUUCUGGUGUCUCUUUGAUAGCAGCUAUCAUGUCUUUAAGUUACUGUAUAAUUGCUUGGGUGGCUUCAAUUGAAAAGGGUGUGCAACCGGAUGUGGAUUAUGGGUACAGGGCUAAAAACACAGGGGAAGGUAUUUUCAAUUUUUUCAGUGGAUUGGGAGAAGUGGCUUUUGCAUACGCGGGUCAUAAUGUGGUGUUGGAGAUUCAAGCUACGAUCCCUUCAACACCUGAGAAGCCUUCUAAAGGACCUAUGUGGAAGGGAGUACUUGUUGCUUACAUUGUUGUGGCUAUAUGCUAUUUCCCAGUUGCACUUAUCGGCUAUUAUACAUUUGGGAAUGCAGUAUCAGACAACAUUCUCAUCUCCUUGAACAAACCUACUUGGCUCAUUGUCCUUGCUAAUGCCUUUGUUGUUAUCCACAUCAUUGGGAGCUAUCAGCUCUAUGCAAUACCGGUGUUUGACAUGGUUGAGACUUACCUUGUAAAGAAACGUAGGUUCAAACCAACAUGGUACUUGAGAUUUAUUUCCAGAAACCUUUAUGUUGCAUUCACAAUGAUAGUUGGAAUCAUCUUCCCUUUCUUUGGGGGACUUCUUGGAUUCUUUGGAGGAUUUGCUUUUGCCCCAACAACCUAUUUCCUCCCUUGCAUCAUGUGGCUUUCAAUCUACAAACCAAAGAAAUGGGGCCUAUCUUGGACUACUAACUGGAUAUGCAUAAUACUGGGAGUUCUGUUGACUGUUUUAGCACCAAUCGGCGGCUUAAGAAGCAUCAUUAUACAAGCCAAGGACUACACAUUUUUCUCUUAGGAUUCCAUAGCUCGGGAGAAUCUCUUAUAUCA